CAAACGGAUAUUCCAAAACUAACCCCCCGAAUAUUCUGCUCUUACAGUUAUAUCUCCCUCUCUCUCUCACUCUUUCUGAUCCUCAUUUUCCCUCACUUUUCUUUCUAUUUUUCUCUCUAAUCAAACAUGAAAUUUGGUAAGAGCCUCAGCAACCAAAUUGACAAGACCUUACCUGAAUGGCGAGACAAGUUUCUCUCCUACAAGGACCUCAAGAAGAGGUUGAAGCUCGUGGAGCCUAAUAAAGGUGGUGAGAGGCCCAACAAACGGCCCAGAUUCGACGAGUCCACGGUAGCCGGAGAUGAUAAUAAGACUAGUGAUACUAUGUCGAGGGAGGAAAUCAAUUUUAUAAGUUUGUUGGACGACGAAAUGGAGAAAUUCAAUACCUUCUUUGUUGAAAAGGAGGAAGAAUACAUCAUUAGAUUAAAGGAACUACAAGAUGGAGUGGCAAAGGCAAAGAAUUCCAAUGAAGAGAUGAUAAAAAUUCGGAAGGAGAUUGUGGACUUCCAUGGAGAGAUGGUUUUAUUGGAGAAUUAUAGCGCCCUUAACUAUACAGGAUUGGUAAAGAUACUGAAGAAGUAUGACAAACGAACUGGUGCUCUGAUUCGUCUACCAUUCAUUCAAAGGGUAUUGCAGCAGCCCUUCUUCACUACAGACUUGCUUUACAAGCUGGUUAAGCAAUGUGAGAAAAUGCUUGAUAGCCUCUUCCCCAUAAAUGAAAAGCCAGUUUCAAAAGAUGCGCCUGAUGGGGAAGACGGUUGUGAUCCAACUUCUUCGGCAACAACAAAGGAUGGUGAUAUUCUUUCAAUGCCCAAAGAACUUGCAGAGAUUGAGUAUAUCGAGAGUUUAUACAUGAAGAGUACUAUUUCAGCAUUGCGGGCUUUGAAGGAAAUUCGGAGCGGUAGCUCCACUGUUAGCGUUUUUUCAUUGCCCCCAUUGCAAAUAAGUGGAUUGGACGAUACAUGGAAAAAAGUCCCAGUUCUGGAACAAGAAGCCAAGUAAUUGGACUCUGUCUGAGCAGAUGGAUAGUACUGAAAGAGAUUGCCUCUUUCGUUUUGUAUCAUUUAUUAUUUUAUUUUAUUUUUUUUAACUUUUUCACGUUUCAUGUA